AUGCCACGCUUCGUGCUGCGCGUCACGCUUAAGGCCGACCUCCUGGGGCUGGGCUUCGAGCAAAAGGUGCAGCUGUUCGCGUGGGGCAGGGAUGAGGACCCCACAGCGCUGCAGCGGGCCCCGCGGGUGGCGGACGACGACCCCCUGAUCGCGGAGCUCAGGUGCAGGGUGGAGAGCGACGGCAUCACGGUGGAGCGCAUGAGCUUGGGUGGGGAGAAAUGCGACGACGCGUUCUUGCGCCGCUGGCUGACGGCCAAAGGCCGCGACGUCGGCGUGGCGACGGACGCCAUACAGGCGCACGCGGAGUGGAGGCUCAAGUACGUGCCAUGCGGAAGGAUCACCGAGGAGGAGAUCUCUGGAGAGUUGGCUGCGAAGAAAGCGUACUUGCAAGGCUGCGACGACAAGGGGCGGCCCCUCAUCAUCUUCAUGGGCAGCAAGCACACAUUGGCUGACAGAAAUGUGGACGAGACUCAGCGUUUGAUAUGUUACACCAUGGACAAUGCUGGACUGAUGUCAGACAGUUCAGAAGGCGGCGAUGGCAAAGUGUACUGCCUCUUCGACCUGACUGGAUUGCGAAUGGAGAACCUUGAUGCCCAGGGAUUUUCAGCCAUCUUUGACGUUCUUGAGAAACACUACCCUGAGAGGCUUGCGGUGCUGUGGUUCCUCAACGCACCAUUCCUGUUCUGGGGCGUGUGGCGACUGAUCAGCCCGUUUGUCAAUGAGCACACACGGCAGAAGAUCCAGUUUGUGAGUGGCAGGGGGAGCAACACCCCCUUGAAAGACCUGUUGCCUCUCAACAUCCUCCCAAGUCGCUAUGGUGGGCUGGGGGAACUUGUGGCAGCUGACGAUGCUGUUCAGGCUCUGUUAGAUCAGCAAGAAGAGUUGCCGAGCCUCUCCCCUAUUCUUACAGAGGUUGGUGACCGCAGUCCCAGAGUUGGGACACCUGUCAGGAGAGUUAACUUGCGGAAUUGGCUGAUCAGAUGGAGAGGAUCUGGUAGAUUUGGGAGCCGUCCUGGAAGCCCUGGCAGAAGGAGAGCCAAUCUCAGGAUUUGGGCGGGGAACAGAUGGAGGGACAUUCGCAACAACCCUGUGGCAAGGUUGUUUGGUGUCCAUGUCAACAGCUGGGUGGGCUUCUUGGGACCAAAGUUGAAUAGGCACAAGGAAGGAUAUGAGGGGCAGUAUGGUGCGCGCCGACGCCGGCUCGCUGAGCUGAGGAAAUCGAUUAUCAGGCGUGAGCCAACAGGACAUAUUCGGAUUAUGGAUCGCCGGGUCCCUGUGCGUGCAAUCGUCGUUCGCGUUCUAAUUGCAGAGUUGCUUAUCAUUGUUCUGAAUCGGGCUCGCUUUGCAGCUUUCAGUGCAUUUGGCUGGGGCCAAUUGCCCUUGACGUGA